UUGCUGAAAACAUAAUUAAUUACAAUAAUUAUGAGAUUUAUUAAUCGAUUAUGUUAUUAAUUGUUAUGUUAAUUGAUUAACUAGUCUCAUAAUUGUAAUCAAUUAUAUUUUCAGCAACCCAAACAAAGUUGACAUUGACAGUUGGUGACAGUAAUUAAAUAUUUGAUAAUAAUCAUUGUUGAUUAGCGUUCGAACAACCGGCCCUUAGAGUUUAGAUGUGAAGACAAGUAGCCUAGUGAAGCAUGAGUAAUGAGUACGACUAACCUAUAAAAUAUAAUUAAUUAAAAUUAAAUUAAUUUGUUAUAAACUCUCUGCCCUCUGCUGUUCACUGUUCUUGUUGUCUAUAAUCUGAAUAUGUAAUGAGUAAUGAGUGUAAUGUAAACUGAGUGUGAGUUUUCAGUUCAGAGUAGUGACUUCACUUUUUGAGUGUAAAAUUAUUAUUGAAAUACAUAAAACAGUCUUAUCAAAAAUGGAAGUAAAACAAGAAAAUAGCGAGGAAGCCCUGGCAACCUGUAAAGUAGAAAUAGAAUAUAAUGAUUUGGGUGAUGCUCUUUUGGAUGGCUUUAAAUGUGAAAUUAAGAAAGAAUCAACUAGCAAAAGUACACACUACACAUAUGAUUAUUUAGACUUAAAAGAACAUCCUGUAAGUCCUAAAAUAGAACAACAUGACAAUAAACUUGACCUAUUUGAAGAAAACCAAAAGACUGAGAAAGGAUAUCUCCAAGAGGAAAAUAAAAUGGAAAUUACUGAGACACCAAUUGGACAUUCAUCUUAUGAAGGAAGUUAUAUGAGUCCACAUGCUGAAGGAACAACAUUAAAUGAGAAUAUGAAAGUUACGACCGGACAAGGACCUUACAAGUGCGAAAUUUGUUUUAAAGAAUUUGAUAAUAAGAGUAAUUUAAAAAGACAUUUAAGAUCACACACUGGUGAAAAACCUCACAAGUGUGAAAUUUGUUUAAAGCGAUUUGUUAAAGCAGGUGAUAUGAAAAUACAUAUGAGAGUGCACUCUGGAGAAAAAUCUCACAAGUGCGAAAUUUGUUUGAAGCAGUUUAGCCGAGCAGAUAAUUUGAAAGCGCAUUUGAGAGUGCACACUGGAGAAAAACCUCACAAGUGUGGAAUCUGUUUUCAGCAGUUUAGUCGAGCAGGUAAUUUGAAAGCGCAUUUGAGAGUGCACACUGGAGAAAAACCUCACAAGUGUAAAAUUUGUUUUCAGCAGUUUAGUCAAGCAGUUCAUUUAAAAUUCCAUUUGAGAGUGCACACUGGAGAAAAACCUCACAAGUGUGAAAUUUGUUUUCAGCAGUUUAGUCAAGCAGUUCAUUUAAAACUCCAUUUGAGAGUGCACACUGGAGAAAAACCUCACAAGUGUGAAAUUUGUUUUAAGCAGUUUAAUAGAGCAGAUACUUUAAAAAUACAUUUGAGAGUACACACUGGAGAAAAACCUCACAAGUGUGAAAUUUGUUUUCAGCAGUUUAGUCAAGCAGGUCAUUUGAAAGUCCAUUUGAGAGUGCACACUGGAGAAAACCUCACAAGUGUGAAAUUUGUUUAAAGCGAUUUG